CUUCCUCCCUCGUCUUGACAGCCGACCCUCCCGCCACCGACACCACUCCUCUCUUCCCCCGGUCGCACGCGCGGUUGCCACUUCGCUUUCAUCCCCACUCCCAUUUUUAUCUCCUCACCAGAUCCCCGCCACCAGCUACCGCAUUCCCCAAAGAUCCAGAUCACACCAGACGGGGGCAGCCCAGAUUGAUCUCCCGAGCUCCCGAGAAGAAGCGAGAUCCAGAUCGAGCUGAGCUGAGCUGAGCUGCUCGGACCGCCGGAGCUGAGCUGAGCUGAGCUGCUCUGACCGCCGGAGGGGGGAGAGCAAGAAGAGCAAGAAGAUGAAGCGGAAGACGCGGAACAAGAUCGUGGUGACGGUGCUGCUGCUGGGGGCGGCGGCGGUGCUGAUCGGCGGCACGCUGGCGCUGAUCCUGACGGCGGGGACGUGGAAGGUGAAGCUCAAGGAGUCGCAGGAGAAGGUGUGCAACAAGGGGUGGGAGUGCUCCGGCACCAAGUACUGCUGCAACCAGACCAUCACCGACUUCUUCAAGGUGUACCAGUUCGAGAACCUCUUCGCAAAGCGCAACUUCCCCAUGGCCAAGGCCGUCGGCUUCUGGGACUACCAGGCCUUCAUCACCGCCGCCUCGCUCUUCGAGAACCAGGGCUUCUGCACCACCGGCGGCAUCGACAUGCAGAUGAUGGAGCUCUGCGCCUUCCUCGGCCACGUCGGCGCAAAGACCUCAUGUGGAUACGGCGUGGCCACCGGCGGUCCGACGGCGUGGGGGCUGUGCUACAACCACGAGAUGAGCCCCGACCAGGGCUACUGCGACGACUCCUACACGCAGUGGCCCUGCGUCAAGGGCGCCGAGUACUACGGCCGCGGCGCCAUCCCGGUCUACUGGAACUUCAACUACGGCGCGGCGGGGGACGGGCUGAAGGUGGACCUGCUGCACCACCCGGAGCUGCUGGAGCAGAACGCGACGCUGGCGUUCGCGGCGGCCAUGUGGCGGUGGAUGACGCCCAUCAAGAAGAAGCAGCCGUCGGCGCACGAGGCCUUCACGGGGGUGUGGAAGCCCACCAAGAACGACACGCUCAGCAAGCGCCUCCCGGGCUUCGGCGCCACCAUGAACCUCCUCUACGGCGAGUCCAUCUGCGGCCGGGGCUUCAUCGACGAGAUGAACGUCAUCAUCUCCCACUACCAGUACUACCUCGACCUCAUGGGCUUCGGCCGGGAGCGCUCCGGCCUCAACCUCGACUGCGCCGAGCAGGCCCCCUUCAACCCCGCCCCCAAGAAGGACGACGAGCAGCAGCCCACCGGCGGCCAGAAGCCGUCGGGCUAGCACGCACCAUGUUUGUAUGCAUGUUCAGAUAUUCUUGCCACGCCAUUGCCUGCUCCCCGAGCUAUGCUGAGCUGCUGAUACAUACUUCAGUGUGUGAGCUUUGGUGCCAUUUUGGGUAGGGCUCUGUAUGUGAAUUGGGGAAACUGUGGCCUGGGUGUGUACCACGGUGUCCAUUUUCAGUUGUUUUGUUUCAUUUUUUUGUGUCACACAUAUGUCUAAAGAGGAGAAUUCGAACUGAACAUAGGCGACAUAUCCUACCAUGACUCUGCUCAACUUUCUGUAUAUGUUCCACCUGAGUAAGGUAUUGCUUGAUUUAUCCAUGUAUAAAUGCCAGUCUGACCUGACCAAGGUGUUGCUUGA